AUGUCCAACAGCAGCUCCAUCAGGCACUUCCUCCUGCUGGCAUUGGCAGACACGCAGCAGCUGCAGCUCCUGCACUUCUGCCUCUUGCUGGGCAUCUCCCUGGCUGCCCUCCUGGGCAACGGCCUCAUCAUCAGCGCCGUAGCCUGCGGCCACCACCUGCACACGCCCAUGUUCUUCUUCCUGCUCAACCUGGCCCUCACUGAUCUGGGCUCCAUCUGCACCACUGUCCCCAAAGCCAUGCACAAUUCCCUCUGGGACACCAGGAACAUCUCCUACACAGGAUGUGCUGCACAGGUCUUUUUCUUUCUGUUCUUCAUCUCAGCAGAGUAUUCCCUCCUGACCAUCAUGUGCUAUGACCGCUAUGUGUCCAUCUGCAAACCCCUGCACUACGAGACCCUCCUGGGCAGCAGAGCUUGUGCCCACAUGGCAGCAGCUGCCUGGGCCAGUGCCUUUCUCUUUUCACUGAUUCACACGGCCAAUACAUUUUCCCUGCCCCUGUGCCAUGGCAAUGCCCUGGGCCAGUUCUUCUGUGAAAUCCCCCAGAUCCUCAAGCUCUCCUGUUUAAAUUCCUACCUCAGGGAACUUGGUCCUCUUAUGGGUAGUGCUUUUCUGUUCUUUGGUUGUUUUGUGUUCAUUGUUUUCUCCUAUGUACAGAUCUUCAGGGCUGUGCUGAGGAUCCCCUCUGAGCAGGGACGGCACAAAGCCUUUUCCACCUGCCUCCCUCACCUGGCUGUGGUCUCCCUGUUUAUAGGCACCUCAUUUUUUACCUACCUGAAGCCACUUUCAAUGUCAUCCCCAUCCCUGGAUCUGGCAGUGUCAGUUCUGUAUUCGGUGGUGCCUCAAGCCCUGAACCCCCUCAUUUACAGCCUGAGGAACCGGGAGCUCAAGGCAGCAGUGUGGAGACUGAUGACUGCAUGCAUUCAGGAACAUUAA